AUGAUGCAAUCUAUUAGUUCUAGGGUGGAUGUUAAUUUUCCCUUUGCACUUCCCCAAACCAACCCAAAUAUCUCCACCUCCUCCCACCUCGUCAUCACCUUUCCUCUCCCACCCACCUGUUGCCUCUCCCUCCCAACCACCCACCUCGUCAUCGCCUCUCCCUCCCUCCUUCCAUCGCUGCUCCCCUCGACCCCGCCGCCAUCCACUCUCUAUCCCACAGCGCCAUCCCCUCUCCUUCCCACCCGCCGUCUCCUCUCCCUCCAACCCGCCGUCGCCGCUCCCUCCUCCCGCCGUCGUCACUCCAUCCCACCCCCCCAUCGCCGCUCCCCCCCUCCCGCCGUCGCUGCUCCCUCCCUCUCGCCGUCGCCGCUCCCUCUCUCCCGCCGUCGCCGCUCCCUCCUCCCCCCGUCGCCUCUCCCUCCCAUCUCGCCGUCGCCUCUCCCUCCCAUCCCGCCGUCAUCCCUCCCUCUCACUUCGCCGUCGCCGGUGACAGGUCACGAGCGAGCUGGUGCGCGAGCGGGGGCUGGUUCGCGGUGCGCGAGUGCAGGCUCUAGCGCCGUGGGCGCUUACGCUCAGGGUGCUGGUGCCGUUGGCACAGGCGCCCUGUGCGCUUGCGCCAUUGGCGCGGACCCCGUGGGCGCGAGCGCUUGGGCCGCUGGCUCCUUGGGCGUGAGGGCGAUGGGUGCUGGCCCCUAA